UCUUUUGAAAGGAAACGAAGAGGACUGCGAGCGGGAGGAGCUGGCGCCGGGGGUCCAGCCGAGCCACCCGGCUACGAUGGCCAGUGCUAAGACGGUGUGCGACGCGCAGCCCCACUCGAUGCCGAUCGGCGGCCUGCCCGCAGAUGCACAGACUCGAGCUACUUCUAAACUACCUGUUAAGUCCAAAGAAGCUGACGUGUUUAGACAUCUUCAUCCAGGAGGUUCAGAUCCUGAUGUUACAAAGGCCACCAAAGCAAGACGAGAGAAUGGGCAGGUGAGAGCUGCAGAGACCGUCAGCAGGAAGAGCGUGAAGAAGAGCUACAAACCGUUGACUAAGCUGAAACCAGAGGAGGAGUGGAAGGAUAAGAACCAGCUCCUGGAGGCCGUCAACAAGCAGCUGCACCAGAAGUUGAUGGAGACUCAGGGAGAGCUGAAGGACCUGACCCAGAAGGUGGAGCUCCUGGAGAAGUUUCAGGAUAACUGCUUAGCAAUUCUGGAGAGCAAAGGCCUCAACCCAGGCAACGAGACCCUGGCAUCACAGCGGGAACCUGCCCCAGAUCACACGGACUCCAUGAUGCUGCUAGAAACUCUGCAAGAUGAACUGAAGGUUUUCAAUGAAACUGCCAAGAAGCAGAUGGAGGAGUUACAGGCCUUGAAGGCGAAGUUGAAGUUGAAAGAAGAAGAAAGGGUGCAGUUCCUGGAGCAGCAGACC